GAUGACGUCUAUAGACAUCGACGCUCAAACAGUCCGCAUGUGAGCCUUUCUGAUGAACGGAGCUAUUUGUUAUUUGCCUGACGUUCGUAAACAUGAGGGAGACUCCGCUCUCAAAUUGUGAAAGGGCUUUUCUGCUGCAGGCUAUCACGGAAAAAAAGCGUCUUGAUGGAAGGCAGACCUAUGACUACAGGAAUAUUAAAAUUACAUUUGGAACAGAGUAUGGCUGCUGCAUUGUGGAACUUGGAAAAACCAGAGUUCUCAGUCAAGUAUCGUGUGAGCUUGUUGCUCCCAAGAUGAAUAGACCUACAGAAGGAAUUCUUUUCUUUAAUCUGGAACUGACACCCAUGGCAUCUCCUGCUUUUGAGCCUGGGAGGCCUUCAGAGUUGGUUGUAAAGCUCAACAGACUGUUGGAGAGAUGUCUGAGGAACUCCAAAUGCAUAGAUACAGAAUCCCUUUGUGUUGCUGCUGGGGAGAAGGUAUGGCAGAUUCGUGUUGACAUCCAUUUGUUAAAUCAUGAAGGGAACAUUAUUGACGCUGCAAGCAUCGCAGCCAUUGCAGCACUGUGUCACUUCAGGAGGCCAGAUGUGUCUGUUCAAGGUGAAGAGGUCACUGUGUACACUCCUGAAGAACGGGACCCUGUUCCUCUCAGCAUCCAUCACAUGCCAAUUUGUGUUAGCUUUGCGUUCUUUCAACAGGGAACAUACUUGUUGGUGGAUCCCAGUGAACGGGAAGAGCGGGUUAUGGAUGGGCUGCUUGUCAUUGCUAUGAAUAAACACAGAGAAAUUUGCACUAUUCAAUCAAGUGGAGGCAUCAUGCUGCUAAAGGACCAGAUUUUGAGGUGCAGCAAGGUGGCGGGAGUAAAGGUUGGAGAAAUAACUGAGCUAAUUCAGAAAGCUCUGGAGAAUGACAAGACAGUCAGGAAGGAAGGUGGCAAAUUUGGUUUUGCAGAAUCCAUACAAGAACAUCGAAUAACCGCCCUAAAGGUUGAGAGAGAGCCUCUUGACACAUCAGAAGUGGAAGAGAAAGCUGAAGAAAUAAUUUCUAAAUCAGACCCCCCAUCGAAUGUUAUUUCAAAACCAGUGGUGUGGGCAGCAGGUACUGCCCAGAUUGGAGAGGGUCUUGGCAAUGCUUGGGGGGAGCUGGAUCAGUCAGAAGAGGAAGAUGAAGAUGAUGACGAUGAAGAAGAAUACAGUGAAACAGCCCAAUUACCGCAGGAUCUUCCUAAAUCAGCACAGUCUUCAAAGAAGAAAACCUCAAAUGGCGAUGUUAUAAUGCUGUCUGACAGCGAGGAGGAGGAUGUUGUGAUACUGCAACCGGAUACACCAUCGCAACCCAGAAAACAAGCUUCAGUCACAGAGAAACAAUCCAUACCAAAGACAUCUGGUAGUAACAAGAAAAAGAAGUCCAGUCGCUAAGAUUGUCUGUCUUUUUUUGUGCAAAUUAAGACACUUUGCUAAUUAUCAACUCUUCUUUGUGAAGUCAGCCAAAAUAAGAAACUGUUUUUCAAUUUAAUAACUUAAAAGGACAAUUGAUAAUUUCUAAGGGUUUGCUUUGAGUGUAAUAACUUAAAACAGACAACUGUACAGGAUUCUUGUACAAAAGACUAUAACCUGAAUCAGAAGACAUUGUAUUUUGUAGAAAGUUGACUUUUAUACUGUGUUUAUUUGGUAAACUGCUAAAUCUUAUGGUGCAUUAAAGAAGGGAAUGCACCGAGAGAA